CUGGCCCGCGGGCUCCCCGCCUCGCCCCGGCGGGGGCACCCCGCGCUCCUACCUGACCAUGACCCCGCGCCGCUCCCCGCUGGGCCACCCCGGCGUUUCCCGCUGAAGGGACCGGCUCCUUUCCGACCUCCGCCGCCGCCUGCCUUCUCCGCCUACUCGCUGCUGAGGCUGCCGCCUCUCCCCGGAGCCCCGCCGGAGUGAUGGGCUGCAUCGGAUCCCGCACCGUGGGAAACGAGGUGAUUGCAGUAGACUGGAAGGGACUGAAAGAUGUGGACCAAAUCAAUAUGGACAGCACGAGUUCUCUGCAUGGCAGCAGCUUCCAUCGACCUUCCACUGAGCAAACACGGACGGAUUUCUCCUGGGAUGGUAUCAAUCUCUCCAUGGAAGAUACGACCUCCAUCCUCCCCAAGCUGAAACGCAACUCCAAUGCUUAUGGGAUUGGGGCUUUGGCUAAAUCAUCUUUCUCUGGCCCCUUAGGGAUAUCUCGCAGCAUGAAGGACCACGUCACGAAGCCGACGGCGAUGGGCCAGGGCCGCGUGGCUCACAUGAUCGAGUGGCAGGGCUGGGGCAAAGCCCACAGCCAGCAGCAGCAGCACACGCACGAGAGCGCGCGCAAGGACGCCGACGCCUACUCGGACCUCAGCGACGGCGAGAAGGAGGCCCGGUUCCUCGCAGGAGUGAUGGAGCAAUUUGCUAUUUCUGAAGCGACUCUCAUGGCCUGGUCCUCCAUGGAUGGUGAGGAUGUGAGUGUAAACUCAAACCAGGACAACCCAGCAGGCAACUACUCUGAGAACUAUCAGGAGCUGAUGGAGAGCCAAGAGCAUAUGGCCCAGACGCAGUAUGAUAGCUGGCCUCAUUCCUACGUCUCGCAGGGCAUGUACUGCUUAGGUUCAUCCGACGCCUGGGAGGCCAGUGACCAGUCCCUCAUCGCCUCCCCAGCAACUGGCUCCUACCUAGGCCAGAAUUUUGAUGAGUCCCAGACAAACCUUCAGGAAAGCAUUUUGCUUCAGAGCAGCUUUCUCCAGCAGCAGCAGCUGCAGCAACAGCGGCAGGAGCAGAACUUCAUCCAGAGCACGGGGCUGGUCCACGUGUGGCCCCUGCAGACUGCUCAGAGUGGGGGUGGAGCCGAGUCCAGCACGUACAUGGAGGACCACAUUGAGGAUGAAGGGAACCCACGGCUGGAGAAGGCUCCUCUCCUAAACAAGAAGCCCUCUCCAGAGGAGGAUGAUGCAGUGUGCCGGGACCUGGAAUCUUUGUCUCCUCGAGAGGAGAUGGAACAUGCUGCACUGAGCCGCAAAGUCUCAGAUGUCACCUCCUCUGGGGUGCAGUCCUUUGAUGAGGAAGAGGGAGAAACAAACAACUGAUGCUUUCUGUGAAGUACUCAUCAUUGCUGAAAAAAAGAGAGGGAUGGCAAGGAAUGCAAUUACAGGGAUUCUUCUCUCCAGCUCCCCAUAUUUCCAAGCAGACAUACCUUCCAUUCCUGACAUUUAAUUAUUUUUUUAAACAAGGAAAGUCUCAAAGAGAUUGACACAUAAAAACCUUUUCUUCCCCUCCCCCAUGGACACAUAUUUUGGAUUUUCAUUGCUCUGGGCAACAUGUGAUGUGCUUGGAGAGAUCUGGAUUGGUAAAUAAUUUCUAAAUCUUUUUAAUACAAAGUCUUGGCUGUGGAUACAAACUCUUCUGGUACUGGGGAUGUAGCUGAUGAGACAGGCUUGGUGUAGGGAGCAGCUUUGUGGCUAGAAUUCAUCUUAGCAGAAUGGAUGUUGCUCUGUGGACAUGGCCCCCUUUGAUAGAAUAUAGGAAUAUAAACUGGUUGAAAGUGAAGAUGUGGCUUUGCAGGUCUAGAUUGCGCUAGCGCUGCCGUUGUGGCUGAUGCAGAGGAUCAGGCCGUGUUCCAUACAGACACCAUGGAGAUGAAAGAUGUGCUGUGUAACCAGAUCCUCAGUAGCACCUUGAUACAAAGCUGUAGGUUUGAUGGAUACGAACUGCGCUCCCUGGGCCUGGGCUGUGCUGCCAGUGUGCUCUGUGGGCAUGGCUCUGCUGUGGCGUGGAAGAAUGGAUGCAGAUACAAAUCUAACCCUGCUCUCAGAUAUUCAUGCUUUGGUCUCUUUCAUUUGUUUCUCUCUUUGACAUUUCUGCCUUCCCAGGAGCUGGCAAGAGUGGUGUGUCCUUUUGGCAGUGGGCACUGGAAGCCAGUGGAAAGAACAUUUUCAGCUACGGAGACAGUCAUAAAAAGCUGACUCUUGCAGUGGGCUUGAGGACGUGUCCGUCUUGGUGCUGCUGCUGUGUCCUUCUGUCUUUUCCUUGCCAGCGGAAUGGGGAGACCCAGAGAGUAGGCAGCAGGUCCAGGAACAGCGUGUACAGCUAUGAGAUCACAGAUACCUAGUUUACAUUAGAGUUUUCAGUUUUUGCGCUUUUUUUUUACCUUUUUAUAUGCUGGAUAAGUGUUCAUAACAAAGCAGUCAGUAAUGGGAAAAGCCUGUACUCCAGUCAUGACUUAACAGAAAUACUGCACCUUUCCCAUUUCUGCCACUCCUGCAGUGCCAAAUAUAGCUGGAGGAAAAGGGAUGAGAGGAAGCUUUUUCUGCCUAUUUGUCUUCUUUUUCUUCUUGCCUAUGUUUUCUUCUUUUGUUUUCCUACCCCCAAGCAGUGUAAAUAAUGCUCAGCACUUGGUCUGUUUGUUUUUCCCUCCCAUCUCUUUUUUAGGUGUGGAGAAAGCUGAUUUCAGGAGUUUUCCCUAUUUGUACGGGUUAUAUAUUUUUUUGUUUAAAAAGACAUGAUUCUCUGAUUAGGGGGAAUUUGGUCUUUUGCAAUUCCUCGACAUUUUUUUACGGACCUCCUUUUGGGAGGGAGAGUUUUUGAAAGGAAAUUGUUUCCUUUCAGCUCUCACCUGAAAAUAAACAGAGACAAAAGCAAAAAUUGUAUAAGAUUAUUGAUUUUGCUGGAGGACUGAACAGAACCAGCAGAGAUUACCCAAGUGCUGGGUUUUAAUUGCAAGACCUCUUGCAAGGAAGCAUCAGCAGAGCAUGGUUGUAGAUCAGAUGCUGGAUCUGAUGAGUUAGAGAAAGGAAUUUGCCUGGACACUGCCAUACUGUUCCAGGAGCAACUCUUUCUCACUUACUCUGACUCAUAUUUGCUCUGUUUAAUUCAUGAUACAUUUGUCUCCUCUUUGCCUCCUCUUCAGGCUUGGUGUGUUUUUUGGAUGACAGGAGAGUGAUACAUGCUUCUUUCCUGCUUCAGGUUUAGCUCCUGCAUAUUUUCAGGGAAGAAUGUCUAAGGCGAAUAAAAUGUGACUGAAGGAGUAUCAUCAAGUCUCAGAGUUUAGACAGCUCCUGGCAAGCAAAGCAUAUGAUGUCCAGGAAUUGUGAAAAGUAGGAAUGGGACUCUCAGGAAGAACUUUACCCCACUCAGCUUUUUCCCACUGGUGCAGGCAGCUGCAAAAAGAGGAACUCCUUUUUCAAUACCCAGGUCUUUCCAGCCAAGUCCACUUCAAGCAGAUCUGUCUUCCCUCUCCAUUGCACCUCUAAAUGAAAGACCUCUGGGAUGUUUAAGUAAGACUGGUAAUUUGGUGUAGGUAAGAGAGAAAAGUUUUUAUGACCCAUCUUUUUUUACGUAUUUGCUUGGUCUUGCUUCCAUCUUUCUUAAGGAGGUCACUCUUCUCCUGAAGAAUGACCUUUCAAUAUCUCUUCAAAGAUGUUUACACAUACAGGUACUAACCUCCCCUGGGCAGCAAGGCUUGAUAAAAAUGCUCUGCUAUAGUUCUUGCAGGGCCAGUGGUAGCUCAUUAUCUUGAGCUGGCUUGGGUCCAGCUGUGGAGCAGGGCCUGGGAAAUCACACUAGGCAGAAGAGGGAGCUGGCAAGUGCCAAGAGCACCUCAGCAGAUGAGUAAAUGAGUAAGUUUAAAGCUAUUUUUAUUUCUUUUUUAAAAGGUCUUCAGGGAAACAAAUAUGGUUGGGUGUGUACCUUUGUGGGAGAUUUGGGUGGCUUGUUCCUUUCUCCAAACCAUUUUGUUCCCGUGUGCCUCUCCAGGACCAAUCUGGAUGUUUACGGUAACUUUCAGAGUAGCUUCUAAAGAUCCCUCUGUGUUGUUUACAGGACUGGGACAAGUGGGUCAUCUUGUCCAGGGCUGAUUUUUUCAUUAUUUUUUUUUUUAAUAUGGACAUGUGGUACAUUUACAAAGAUGUCUGAUUGUCUAAAAGAUAGACCUUAUCUCCAUGGAAGACACUGAGAGGAAGUUAUCUACCUAGGGAAAAGUGUGAAAAAAAUUGAACUUAAAGAAAACUGUGGAGUCCAAUAGGAGGAGAAAAUCUGUAGAUUCUUCUAGCCUCUGUGGAAUUGGGGUAGAGAAUUAUACCCUGCUGUAUAGUUCCAUAACCUGCAGUCUAGAAACCUGUAGAUAGCCUCAUUCUCUGUGAAUGCAGACUGGUUUGAGCACCACUUAUUGUAAAAACUUUCCAGCUUACUAUAUUUUGUAAUUUUUUUUUUCAUAAAUGUCUUAACAUCCUGUGAAUAAUAAACUUUCAGCCUUUUCUUGAAAGAAAGAAAAAGGCUAUUUUCCAUACCUCUCCACAAUCCAAAAGAGCUAAUUGCUAGGAGUUUGACGAGAGAGAGCAGAUCUUCCUGUCCACACUUGCCACCCAAGUGAGAAGCCUGAGCUGGACUGGAAAGGCAGUUUGAAUCUCUUUGAAAGUGGAAAAUUGUUUGUAUAAUCUGACCUUUUCUUAUGUAACAGGCCCACUGCCUGUGUGUAUCCAAUAUCAGAGAGAGAGAGACCUGGAACCUACUGUACAUUUCCCAGAAAAGCUGUUAUUAUAUAGAUACACCUAUUCAAGCAUAUGGGAGGCACAGGUGCUCUGUGAGCGAAAUUUGGCCUGCAGUCCCUUGAUCCUGGUGAGGAGGGAUGAGUUGGAGAGAGUCCAACCACAUAGUCAGAGCCCAAAUUGUGUUUGUGAGGCUGUAAAUAAGAGGGGAAGGUAAGCUCAGUAUCCCUGAUCUGCGGUUACUAAAAAACUGAGCUCUGCUGUUUGUUUCCACAAGCCCACUAUAAGGCAAAGCUGCACUACAGAAAACUUUUGGAUAUUCUUGAAGUAGUGGAGGUAAAAGAUUCCCAUCUUUCCGCCAAGCCUUUGUCUUCAGUAGGAACUUGUUGAAAUUACUAUGCUAAACAUGAAAGAAGGCUUAAACAGAAGUGACCCUAAUUUAAAAUCUUCUACUGCAAGAAAAUUCUUUCUUGCUCCUUCUCCUAUGAUUGCUCAUAUCUGAUUAGUUAUACUAUUUCAUAAGUUUUUCUUUUAUAUAAAUCUGAAGCUUUCUUUACAAGCCAUUCUGUUCUUCAAUUCCAUUAGCUCAGGCUCUGGGAUAGACAAGUUAAUCUUUCAGUUUCUGUGCAUCUAAAUCAUCAUCUUCUUUUGGAAAGCUGCUGACAAGUAAUCCACUUGCUUUCCCCCUUAAAAAACAUAAACAUCACCUUUCAGGACAGGCUUGCUGCAGGGAACAGAAUUUAAGAUCAGCUUCUAAGGUGAUCCAGUGGUGAGCUGCUUUGAAGGAGAAGAAACUCUGCUCUGGCCAUGCUCACCUCCCACAACCCUUGGGCAGGUGCUGAUUCACAGCUGGCCCACACCAAGCUGGGGACUUUUACCCUGCUUUAAAAGUGAAGAUGGAAGAGCUGUGAGCAGAGGGAGAGAGGGUUCUGUUCUCAGCAGCUGGCCUUCCUUUACUUCAGGUUAGAGAAACUGGGAAAGUGCACUUUGAAAUGGCAUCUUCGUGAUGAGCGUAAGGUGCUCAAAGGAGCUGUCCUGCCUCCUCUCUUCCACCACCACCAGCUCUGUACUUCUACUGCCAAAAAGCACCAGCACUAACACUCAUUUGGUUGCUCAGGAACUGGCCCCAUUGAAAACUAACCCAGUCCCCUACCCAAAUAAAGGUUCCAGUGGGAUGAACACUUCAUAUUGCUUCUCUUGGUGAGGCAGGGAUCACUGAGGACUGGUGAUACAUGUAGAUGGUCAUGUGGAAGACUGGUUGCAGAUGCAACUUAAAUUGGCUUAAGCUGAUUGUGAUAUGUCAAAAGAAUAAGCCCCAUGGGGGUACCAGGAAAAACAUUAUUUCCCCUUUUCUUCCUUAGUGUUUUCCUUGGAAUUUUUAGUAUGCUCUUGUUCGAUUUGGUCUUUGUUAUUUAUGCUCUGUUGUUUCCCUCACUGUUCUUUCCCUCAGGCCCCUUUGAGGUAAAACCUGGAAAUUGGGCAGGAGGACAUGAGUAACUUGAUAUAUGCAUGAAAUUAAUAAAAUUAACAUGCACAAAUCGUGUAUGCACUCAGUGAUUACACUCCAUGGCAGCUAAAGACACUGAUAAGUCUUACCCUGUAAUUACAAGAGGGAAGACUUGUUUAAGAGUGAAGCAUAGCUGUUGGAAAGGGUAUUUAUCCCUAUGUCCAGUCCUAGUGUGAGAUCUGGAAGAGUACUUCACUCCUAGGCAGAGCCUGCAUGUGCUGUACCGUGUACAGCAGCAAUGAAAAAUGUUGUAGCCUUGGAGAAGAGAGCUGGAGAAGGAAAGUCAUCUCUUUGUUUGACACAGGAAGGAGGUACCGUGGUGAGGCAAGGUGGUGUGCAACAGUACAGGCUUGUGCACCACUGUGUGUGGCAGAGGGGGAAACACAUGGACAGAAAAGCUUGGAAAAAGGUCAAGAAAAGCUUGAUGUCUUUUGUUUACACUACACAGGUAAGAAGCUUCAUGGCAGACUCCUGGCAGCGUGGACUGAGGUAUAGAAUUGCUAUACAAGCUGUGGGUCCAGGAUUGUUGCAGCUUAUGGUACUCCCUAGUCCAAGCCACGCUUUUUUAAGACGGUGAUAGGAAAGAGACCUCCCUGAAUUUGGGUACCUGCUAGCUUCUUUUUAAUUUUCUUCAAAAAACAGCUCACAGUGCCCUUGGUUCUUCAGGGAAAUCAUAUGAGAAAUACACCAAAUAAGAACUUACUCCUUGCCCAAAUCAAGUUAGUGUGAGUUCUGAUCUCACUGGGAACCUGAAAUACCUAAAUUCAGCUUAGUUUGCCUUAACUUUUAUAUUGAUAAUUGCCUAGAAGGAGAAACAAACUCAGAUAACCUGCCUCUAAAUGCUACAAAAAGCAGAGCAACAUUGGCAAAGUCUAAGCUCUUAUUUCUAAUUUCUCCCACGUGGAUUUUCCAGUGUUCCUUGUUCAGACAACUUUGGCAUAUCUUUUUAACUAACUGUUUGACUUUUUCUGAAAGAAAAAAAAAAAAGAAAAGAAAGGAAAGAAAAGAAAGAAAAUUAAUUCCAAUACAGAGAUUAUCAGCAGCUUACAACUAGAAACAUGUAAAUAGGUAAUGCUUUCAUCUUUGAUUUUCCUCCCCUGUAGAAAUCUGACAGGGAAAGAUUUCUAUGCCAUGGCUCAGGGAAAGGAAAAAUGAACAGGGAAAAUGUGAGUAAAAUGGUGCCUAUUAGAACUAAAUGUAUAUGUAGGACAGCCUACAGUCAUUAAAGCACAGUCUCAAAUAUGAUUGCAAGCUGUAAAGUCAAUGUCAGGUGCCUCUUUUGUACCAUAGGCUUUUCCCAGGCUAAGUAGUGGUGAACCUGUGCAGAAGAGCUGGACUUCUGUGCCAGAUCAGUGUCUCUCUCUGUCUCAGAAUAUGUCAUGGAGCCUGGGGACACUGUGCUCCCUCAGCAGCACAGCCAGCUCUAUGGAUUGGUUGGGCUAAGGCAUGAGGGUUAUUACAUUAACAAAUGGACAUGGAAGAUCUGCACUUGGAACAUCAGGGUCUAUUUACAUCCUUGCACUGACAUUUUUCCCCAGCACAGGCAGAUCAAAGUGUUAUUUUUUCCUUGGAAAUGAAGAGAAGCUCUAUGAUUGUCAGUGUUGGUCUGCACAAAAGAAAAGAAGUAUGUGAUGUAUUUUUCCAGUGCAGAUACACAUUGUUGGAACAGGAAAAAUUUAGUAAGGCUGUGAUUCUGAGAAGGAGCAUGUUUACUAAAACUGUAAAGACUUGUUCAAGAAUGUUCUCAGUGCAGAUACCACAGAAUCACACAAUGAUUGGAAGGGACCUUAAAGAUCAUCAAGUCCAACCCCUCUGCCAUGGGCAGGACUUACCUACUGAUUGAUGUGUAGUAGCUGCUGUCUUCUGGGAAGAGAGGGGUUGCAGUGUUCUGUGAAAAGAAUGCUCCUGCUAGGAUCUUCCUCAUCUCCUAAAGCUGGGGACAUUUUAAAUGCCCUCUGAAACCUAGUCUUGUUUUUGCUUUCCCAUAAAAUGUCCAUGCUUGCAAGACAGAAACAUCUAAAAAGGCUUUUCUCCAUUACGGAAACAAGAUUGUGCAUCAAGAUUUGCUUCUGAUAAGAUAAAGGCAUGCAGCCCAGGUUCAUUGGCCUUUUGGAUUCAUUUUCUUUGGGCAUGGAAAUCCAGUCAUGAUUGGACUGGAGGCCACAAGGUUAAGAACCUUUUUCCAGAGCUCUGCCAUGUUCCCAUGAGGCAAGUGUAGGCAUACUUCCCUUCUUUUCAGAUAACCGCAUGCUUGAGCAACGUAGCAAGACAAAAGCUCUUUUGCAGAUAUAUAUUCUUGUUUGGCUUUAACUUUUCUUUUCUGAUUUGUGGAUGUUGUGCAUGAUUGGAGGUCUCUGGGAAUCCUUACACCAUAAAAUUGGAACUCAAAAGUAAUUUUACAGGGAGCAAGAUUUCUCUUGUUUCAGCUCUUUUCAGACGUGGGUGGGUACAGGCAGAAGAUUUGGGAGGUACAAGGGUGGUGGAUGGGAGUCUCAGGGGUGGCAUGCGGGGUGGAUUCCUGAAGCAUGUGUAAAAAUAACUGAAGGCUUGAGUCUUCACAUGUUGUAUUCUCAGUAUCUGAAACUACUUUAGCAUAAGCGUGUGGGACCAUGGAGGUUGCUGCAAAGCACUUUUCAAGGGCUUCCCCGAGCCUGCACGUGUUUUCUGUAGCAGGGAGGCUGCAUGGUGGUUGUAUGUAUCCUUUUAAGCUAGUGUUUCCAGAAGUGCAUCGAUGUCUGGGGAGAAAGUACUACUGAAUGGAAGUAAAACAAAAAGGGACAGGGACCCACUACUGAAAGCUUCCGUCCUUACACUGUCCCACACUAGCCCUUAAAAACUAAAACGAGUCUGAUUUGCCUUUGGUCUUCCAGCUCCAAAACAUGUUUGCCUGAAAACUUUUGUUGGAUAUACUUCGCAUGUUUUGAUAAUGUGACUUACGAGAUAAACACUUCUACAAAGCUAUAUAUAAAUACAUCCAUGUGCAACCACCUGCAUACAUGUGCACACAUCACAUAUAGACUUAGACAACUGUAUGGCACUACACACCUCCAUGCCUGUACGUGGCAGCAACCACAGUAAAGGAGGGGAGGUAGCUCAAAAUAGCAUGUACAGUCCUUUAUGGAGUUGUUAUUAAACAGAAUGUGGUCUUGCCCUCCU